GACCUGGUGCUGAUCUUGAUGAGAACCCAGAAGCCAGCAUAUCUUGCUGCUCUGCCACUUGGAACUGUCAACUAUGCUUUGUUUAUGAUGAUUAUAAGGACAUCAUACUCCUACCUGACGUUAUUAAACAAUUCCUAAUCUAUAGUAUAAGGGCAUUACUGUGUAAAUAGGAGAUAUGAAUUGUUAAAUAGUGGUGACAGAAAUAUACGC